UUCGCGAGCUCUUGUGCACGAAAAUGAAUGGUCGUCGACAAGUUCCUCCCCUUCUCCUUCUUCUCUGGGAACUCGUGGAAGGAUGUGAUGGGCUUGGAGACCGCCGAUGACACACCGUAUCCUGCGCUUCCUAGCAGGCGCAUCGAGCACCUCCUGGUGGAGAUGUUCGUCGCCACCAAGAAGGCUGUGAUGGGGAACAUGUUGGAAGAGAUCAAGAAGGCACCUCUGCCCAUCGUUCACUACGGGGUCGACCUGUGGACGUGCAAGACUUCUGGGAUGAAAUUCAUUGAUCGCUUUCAGGCGCUGUACAUGACGGCAGAAGAGUUGGACACGCGGGAAGUACUGCCUUGGUGGCGAAACACUGGUCGCAAGAUGUUUCCGUACCUGGCGCCAGUAGCGCAGCAGGUGCUUGGAAACCAGGCGGGUGCCGCGCAGGUAGAGCGCGACUUCAGUAGUUGCGCUAAUCUCCUCACGCGCAACAGGAGCCGCAUCGACACCUACUGGGUAGAGAUGGUGAUGUUCCUCCACGUCAACUACAAGCGUAUCCCCGCGUUCAAGGACAUUCCCAUGAUUGCCGCCAAGGAUAUCAGGACAUGUCUGCCGCCACGGUUCAACGGGGGGGAUGCUGACCUGGCGGCCGCUGAGGCUGCCUUCGACGUGAUUGAGAACACCAACAACUCGGACAUCGGCGUGUGAAAGUCGCGAGCGUUUCAUAAGUAGCCUCUUUCUUUGACUCCGUAAGAAGGACGUAGCAGUCAAAGUAGGUUGAGUCGGAGUCGCAUGGGAAGGCUAAGGCUUCUGCUCUUGGGUGUUGUGUUACCGAACUUCAGUUUCGCGGUCGUAAACUAAGUACUGCGCGGCUACGGCAGUUGAUUUGAUUUGAACGAUAGGCUAAUUUCAGUGCUGGGUACGAUUUCUAUUUUGUUCAAUGCUAUAGCGCCCUUGCCCCUCUUCCUGUACCUUCGUCGUAAACACGCACGUCGUCAAAGUCGUCAUGUUCUGCAGGGUAAUUCACGGGUACCGCGUAAGUACCGGGGGCUCUUCUGUAGACACAGAGUUCCGUAACACCCCCUGUACCCUACAGAAUAUCUCUGUGCCGCCCCCUGUAUCCUACAGAAUAGUUCUGUAGCACCCUCGCACAAUACAGAAUAGUUCUGUGAGUUCUGUGACACCCCCGGUACCCUA